GCAUUUUGUGCCCGCGACUGAAAACGAAUGCAGCAGUCACAAAGUGCAGUAUUUUCCUGCCCCGUGGUGGUUGCGCCCGUGCUUUAUGUGCGCUUUUCUUCUACUUCCUGGCGUGUUAUUUCAUACGCCAACUAUUUACCUAGCUCGUGUAUGCAGAACGGCAGUCCUAUCCAAGUAGGUUUUGAUCGAAGCUCAUCUUAAAUCAGAGCGAGGUCACAAUCGAAGCAAAGUCAACCCCGUAACAAUCGCGGUCCACCGACCGACCAGUAAGCAGCGACGCACCGAAAACAGACAAUCAUGGCUGACCGACGAUCUGGCGGAUCGAGCCGUAACAAUUUCGCCGACGAGAAGAGCCCCGCCGAUAUACCGCCUAUGUCGCGCUUGUUUAUCAUCUGCAGCAAAAGCGUUACGGAGGAAAACCUGCGCGAACAUUUCGACAAGUUUGGCGAUAUUGAGGAAAUUUGGAUCGUCAAGGACCGCUCGACGGGCGAAGGCAAAGGUGUUGCCUACAUAAAGUACGCCAAAACAUCCGACGCGGCCCGAGCCCUCGAGGAGAUGAACGGCAAGUGUGUCGGCGACAAUACACGCCCGAUCAAGGUCCUGGUGGCGGCCAAUCGGCAGCAGGGUUCACGCAAGCAAACCGAAAACGAGGAGGAAAAGUACCUGCGGCUGUUUGUCAUCAUCCCGAAGGACAUGACGGAGGAUGCACUCCGGGAGGAGUUCGGCAAGUACGGCACCGUUGAUCUAGUCACCAUCAUACGUGACAAGGUGACGAAGGAAGGGAAGGGAUUCGCGUACGUCAAGUUUGGCCGGUUUCUGCACGCGGCCCAAGCGUUCGAGGGUUGCGAUCCAAAGUAUAAGGCGGUGUUUGCCGAACCGAAGCCACCGCGUAAUGCGUCCGUAUCGUCCAACGAAAACUUUGGCGGGUUCGUGGGAGGAGGUGGCGGCGGCGGUGGUGGUACUGGCGGUGGAGGCGGCACUGGCGGAGGCACCGGCGGUUACGGUGGCGGUUCGAACAAUGCAAACGGAUUCUCCGACGACCGUCGAACGGGCGGUCCGGGUGUUGGUGGCGGCGGUGGUGGUGGUGGUGGCGCGGGGGCGAUGAUGGGAUUCGCCGCGAUGGGAGCGGGUGGUGCGAAUGAUCGACGAACCGGUGGCGGUGACCGUCGGGGUGGUGGGGCCGAGUUCGGAGCGUUCAGUGGAUACGGCGGUUCGAACAACAAUGCGAUGGUCUCGAACGGGAACGAGACGGCCCUCACCGUCCUGUGCAGCCCGGUACUGAACCAGGAUCAGCUGUGGCGUCUGUUCGAUAUCAUUCCCGGGCUCGACUACUGUCAAAUCAAUAAUGAUUUCAACAAUCGAAACGUGACGGCCACCGUCGUGUACAACAACGGUCAGUCUGCGAUGUACGCACGAGACAAGAUCCACGGGCUCGAGUAUCCACCGGGCGAACGAUUGAUCAUUCGACUCGGGCACGAAACGGUCGGUACAAUGUGCACGAUCGAUCCGUUCAAUGGAGGUGGCAUGGUUGCCAACCGGGGCGGCGUCGUCGUAGAUGCUUCGGCGCGAACGGGUGGCGGUGGCGGUGGUCCUCUAGCUGCGCCGGUAACUUCCUGUUCCAUUGCCGCGGACAGAGAGGCGGCAUUCUGCAGCGUACCCCUACCGCCACCGCAACCGAUGGCCAACCCGAACGCCGAGGUCGCUCAGCGCUGCUUCAUCGUGUGCAUUCCGAAGGCGCUGCCGACGAGCGUGCUAAAGCAGACAUUCUGUCGCUUCGGCGAACUGAUCGAUGUUUAUCUGCUGCCGAACAAAAAUUGCGGCUACGCCAAGUACGCCUCGGAAGAGUCGGCCAAGAAGGCGAUCAAGCAACUGCACGGAGCUGAGAUUCUGAGCGUUCGUUUGAAGGUAUUGGAAGCCGAGGAGCCCAGCAAUGAUCGGCGGAAACGGAUGCGCCACGAUGAGCGUAUGGAAAACGAGUAGAAGCUGAAGGCGGCCUCUCUGUAACUGCGUGUAAAAGAAAAGAAAACAUACACACUGACACCAACGCGUGCGUGCUUUUCAGGAUUCUGAAUUCAUACACUUCUUUUUAAACGCAAGAGACGCAAUGAACAGAAACAAAAGCCAGAAAACAGAGAUUAUGAAACGAGAGGAAUACUAGUGUUACUGCUACUGUAACGUACCUACCUACUACAAGAACGUACUACUAGAACAAUAUUCGAUACUUCAAGAAGUACUGUCCACGAGUUGAGCACUUCUACUAUCACUUCUACUGUUACUAAAACUAUUACUACUAGAACUGAACAAUCCCAAAAGCGAACGAGCGUACGAGAGUGGACAGAUAAAUUGAGAACAGAAGGGAACGUGCAGAAUACUCACGCCAGCAAGCUUCGCCCGGACCACACUACCAGAACCCAACAGUGGACCCACACAGAGAAAACUACACCUAGUAAAAACAAAAAAAGGACACCAAACAACCACCAGCGGAACAAAAAAAAGGUGACUCCCUUCUCAGUACACAUGCAUAAAAGAAAACCCUGACGAAGAAAACUUGUAGUAGCAACAUUACCAGAACUCGGACGGAUCGAUCGGCCAAGCGCGCGCGGGUGCUUCUGUGCCUUCCUGUUCUCUCCGACCCACUACUACUACUUGAUCUUGAACCCCACUCUGCCGGACUAGGACCUUUCCGGACGUUUCACAUUGGACCGCAACUUGGACCCCACCUGGACACCACACGCACGGGACGACGCCACGUGUUGAAAGUACGAACCAGACGGGGAAUUGCGAUUGGGAAUUGUUGUUGAAGGCAAACCGAUUAUCACGUCACAUUCUAUCAUCACGUCACAUCCCCCUUAUAUCUUGUUUAUUGAAAAGGUUUGCUGAUUAUCAGAUAUUACGUAACGAAGUCUUGUACCGAAAAUGAGGGAUAUAGAUUUGGGAUCAUAUGUAACUAGAGUUUUGAUUCUUAACUCAUGCAAUUUAACCGGUGGAUUAGUAUGUUCUCUACAAAAAUACGAAACGUAACGGGUACGAGCAAACAAGUAGUAAAAUACAACAGAAACAGGCCGAUACCGACGGAAGAAGUAUCGAGGAAAAAAAAAUACUACUAUUCUCAGCGUAUCGGCGAGCUCGUUCCGGUGACACCAGAUAGAAAUACGAAAUUUGCAAGCGAGAACGACACACAACACUUGAUACAAUAACGCGUGUCAGGGAGAGACUAUAGGACAACGUGCGUUAGAAGGUAGCGCAUCCAACGUUUGGACGAAUGGGGCAGUUCCACGACAGAAAACGAUAGAUACCAGCGGUAGACGCUGGUAGACGAUGGCAAUAAUUUCCGUACUACUGAAGACUAGGAUAAGAGAUCGUUCGAUCGUACAUGAAGCAUGAUGGACCUGCAACAUGACAAAAACAAUAGGCACAAUUUAUUAUCUCUGUUUAAUUUUCUAGCGUGUGUAUUAUGUACUUGUUUACCUUGCUGUAAUAUGUCUAUUGCUUUCCAGA